AUGCGCAUAGCCUGCCUACAAUUCAACCCUGAGCUAGGCAGGCUUCCUGAGAACAUCGCCCGCGUUAACGCCCUACUGGAGGCAGCAUCUCCGCAAAACAUUGACCUACUAGUUCUUCCCGAGCUCGCUUUCACAGGGUACAAUUACCCUUCCUUCUCGUCCAUAUUGCCCCACCUCGAACCCACCGCCUCUGGUCCCUCCACAAAUUGGGCCAGGGCGACCGCCAGCCGUCUCAAUUGCAUUGUCACAGUCGGCUACCCCGAGCUCUGCACCCCACCCCCUGCUUCCAGCACAAAGACUCAAGACCUCUCGCCUGCCGGGGAAGCCAUAGCCUAUAAUUCCACAGUCACUGUCUCCCCCACCAGCCAAAUUUUGGCCCAUUACCGCAAGACGCAUCUUUACUACACGGAUGAAACAUGGGCUCAAGAAUCACCGUCAGGAUGGCUCUCAACCUCUUUGACAUUCGCUCCUAAGACUUGCCCAGAGCGGGGUGUACGGGCGAAUUUUGGCAUAUGCAUGGACCUGAACCCACACAAAUUCGAGGCUCCGUGGGAAGCGUAUGAGUUUGCAUCUCACGCUCUGGCUUCUGGGUCGGAGUUGCUUGUACUCUCAAUGGCCUGGCUGACAGGGUUGGAUGCCUUAGAGUUGGCUGCUCAUGCAGAGGAACCGGAUUUAUCUACAUUGAGCUAUUGGGUGGGAAGGCUGAAACCGCUUGUGGAAGCGGAGAAGGAAGUGAUUGCAGUAUUUGGGAACAGAUGCGGGCAAGAAGCGGGCAAGAACCCACUAGGCAUUGAGGAGGGCGUGAGGUAUGCUGGAAGUUCCUGGAUUGGGAAAGUAGGAAACGGGGUUGUCAAGAUCUGGGACAUUAUGGGAAGAGCGGAAGAGGGUGUCGUUGUUGCAGAUACGGAGAAGGAGCCGAAGUGGGCUCUACGGUUGCAAUCCCGUGAUAAAGAGCUCGCAGAAUGA